AUGUCAUUUGAUGAGGAUGUGGCAGAAUGUGAUGGCAUAGAUCUAAAAUGGAUGACAGACCGCUUUGACUCAUUGUCCGAGGAGGAGGAACGCAAUGACCGAGACGGAGGACCAGUACCAGAUUUUCACGCAUACGAAAAGUCAUGGCGGACACGUCUGCGUCGGAUUAUACUUCGGAAUCCCACAACACGAAUCAAUAUUUCCAUUGUGUACAUCAGUAUCAAAGUUCUUCUAUGUCUUCUGUACGUGAUUCGAGUCUGUUUGGACAAUCCCCUACUUUACGCAUGUGGUGGCAAUGCCUGUAACCUCACGGCUCUAGACAGUGAUGAUCCAGAGGGUUUUACAUCUACAAAUAUCAACUGGUAUGUCCUGCUCUGGGUUCACCGCCCACUGCCCCUGUGGAUUGUGGAGAUUGUCCUGUCAGUCGUCACUCUGUUCAAGUCCUUAAUGUUGGUGUUAGUCACAGCUAAGGGAAAUGUCUUGGUGGUUGUGGCCUCCAAGUACUUUUUGCUGGAAAUGUUUUGCAGUGUUCCUAUUGUUGUUUCAGCAUUUUGGCCUCCUGUUCUUCAGCAUAUAUUUUUCCCAACAUUUCUGAACUGUUGGCUAGCCCUCAUGUCUUUCAGACGUUUGUUGAAUGAUUUUCAUCUGGCAAAACAGAGGUUCCAGACCAUGUCGGUCACUUUAUCCCAACAGUUAUGGUUCCUGAUCGCCACACUUUGCAGUCUUGUAUUUACCACAAUCUGUGGUAUACAGCACAUCCAGCGUGGCAGUGCCGAUCGACCUCUGAACCUGUUUGAGGCAGUCUACUUUGUGAUUGUCACCCUGUCGACUGUCGGCUACGGAGACAUCUCCCCGGAUAUCUGGCUGGGUCAGCUCUUUAUGAUCAUCAUGAUUUGUAUCGCUUUUUCCUUCAUACCUAGACAGCUGGAAGAAAUUGGUUCAACCUGGGCUCAGAGGAAACGGAUGGGCGGUGACUACAGCAAGAGACCUUCAGCUAAAUAUAAGCACGUUGUUGUUAUUGGUACACAGUUCACCAUCGAAUCCGUAAUGAGUUUUCUGAGUGAAUUCUUUGAGCAUCCUAAACUAGAGAACCAUACAGUAAUACUGAUGAGCUCAGAGGAACUUGAUGACAACAUGCAGUUUAUUUUGAAAGACCCUAAAUGGGCUUUAAGAGUGUUGUACAUACGGGGCUCUGCCCUCAAAGACAUUGACCUCAAGCGUUGCAGGAUAAAUGAGGCCGAAGCGUGCUUUUUUCUGGCCAACAAGAAAAGUGGCAAUGUAGAGAAAUCU